AUGGAACGGCUCGGUAGCAAAAUCGAAGAAUUGGCUGAGUUUAUAAAGGAUAAAAGAAAUGUACAUCAUGAACUCAGAAAAAUAGUAGCGUCGAUAACAUACGCCGAUCUCCUUACGGAAAUUAAGGCCGAGGUAAGCCCUGUCGAAACAGGCGUAGACAUAAGGUCUAUCAAAAAGACGGAACAUGGAGGCGUUCUCCUUGAAAUGUCUCGAAAGACCGAGGACAGUAAGGCAUUUACCGAUGCAGUAAAGUCAGCUACUGCAAACAUCGGCACGGUCAAGACGCUAACACCAACAGCAACGAUCGAGAUCCUCGACCUGGAUGAAAUCUCUACCGAGAGCGAAGUCCGUGAAGCACUCAAACGUGAAUUCACUGACAGCCUGGAGGUCAAACGGGCCAAUUUGACAAAGCCCACACCUCGAGGUAAUCGGGCAGCCUUUUGCGAACUAGACGAGCCCAGUGCGAUUAAGGCCCUUGACAAGGCCCGCAUUCCGCAAAGCACUUGCAGAAGCCACGAGAGGUCAGAAAUGACACGCAUACUACAAGGCAACCUGAAUAGGUGCGCCUUGGCGCAAAAUCUACUGCGCCAGCGUGGUUUUGAAGAUAAAAUCGACGUCUGCUUUAUCUGCUAG